AAGGGCUGUCACCUCGUUACAGACGAGGUGAUGAAGAACAUUCAGGAAGGGCUGAAGGGAACCAAGGUAAGCAGCAACCACUUCUCAGCUCUCAUGAGGUCGAAUCCACUACUGUUCCCUGCUCACGCUUUGGCUUGACCGCCCUGCUCGCCGCCUCGCGCCGCGUGCUCCGCCCGCCCGCUCGUCGCACAGGUCGGUAUGCUCACCCUCUUCAUUCAACACACCUCGGCCGGCCUCACUCUCAACGAAAACUUCGAUAGAGACGUGCGCACUGAUAUGGAUAUGGCAUUUGAUAAGCUGGUACCCGAAUCGCUGCCCUGGCGUCACACCGACGAAGGACCGGACGAUUCUGCCAGUCACACCAAGACAGCCCUCUGCGGCACCAGUAUCACGGUGCCCAUCACCGACGGCAAGCUCAACUUGGGCACCUGGCAAGGCGUCUACCUUUGCGAAUUCAGAGCAGCUAAGCACACCAGGAGACUCGUGGCUACGAUUCUGCCCUGAGCGGGAGUGAGAGCGAGGGUGGAUGAGAUGAUAUUCGGCGAGGUGAAACAUCGUUGUACAUUUGGAGUAGGUGCAAGCUGGCGAGGAGAGACACACGAAGAAGACAUGCAUUACAAUUGCUUAUAAUCUCUGGUAUGGCCUAUGAAUAUUCAACCGGUCCACCGUCCUCUCCGGAAGGGCGUAGAUGGGGUCCACUCUCCGCCCUUGUG